UUCUGACGUGACUUUCUGUUUCUGUUUUAGUUUGUUUGACCGUUGCUGGACUAUGUUUACGCUUCUGAUUCUACUCAGCCAGCUGCCCGCCGCUACCAUCGCGUUUCCUCUUUGUAGGAGAGGUCCAGAGGCGUCUGGGCAUGCGGGGGAAGAAGUAUUUACAUCAAAAGAAGAAGCCAACUCUUUCAUUCAUAGACACCUGCUAUAUAAUAGAUUUGAUUUGGAGCUCUUCACUCCAGGUGACCUAGAAAGAGAGUGCAUCGAAGAGCUCUGCAAUUAUGAGGAAGCCAGAGAGAUUUUUGUGGAUGAAGAUAAAACGCUGGCAUUUUGGCAGGACUAUUCAAUUAAAGGACCAACCGCAAUAUCAGGUGGAAACAGAGAGAAAAUUGACGUUUUGGGCCUUCUGACUGGACUCAUUGCUGCUGGAGUAUUUUUGGUUAUUUUUGGAUUACUUGGUUACUAUCUUUGUAUCACUAAGUGUAACCGGCAAGGACAUCCAGGUUCUUCAGCCACCUCCGUGAGAAGAGGAAGGCAGACUCCCUCCAUCAUUUUCAGAAGACCUGAGGAUGCUGUCUUGUUUCCAUCACCACCUCCACUGGAGGACACAGAAUUACCUUCUUAUGAACAGGCAGUCGCACUGACCAGAAAACACAGUAUUUCACCACCACCGCCUUAUCCUGGGUCAACAAAAGGGUUUAGGGUAUUUAAAAAGUCUCUGUCACUCCCAUCUCACUAAGCUCACCUUGCCAUCUUGGUGGUAGAGGAGAUUCGUAUUAUUUGAAUGGUUCAUUUUUCCCGAACCAUAAAGACGCAUCAGUUUAGCCCUUUAUGACAAACUGCAAGAAGUAAAGGAGGAAUAAGCAUGAGUACUACACCACAGCAGUUCUGGCGGCAUCUUAAACCUGAACUUGAUCAUUAUCAACCUGAUAAGAAGCUUGGACUCCAUAUCUUUGCAGUUAAGAAGAGAGCACUUUUUUCUUAUUUAUUUUAAUGGUUAAAAAAAAAAUCUGUAGUAUGGGUGUCAUAAGUAGAACUGAUGAAAUAUCUGUAUCCUUUGUGGUAGAUAAAGGUUGUAGAUUUUUUGUGUUGAAUAUUUUAAAA